GCGACUGGGGACCCUCACCUCGCCAACGUGCUCGGGCAGAGGUUCGACCUCCGCAAGGAGGGAUGGCACACGUUGUUGCGGGUUCCCAGGGGUGCCAAGCGCGGGGCCGCCUUGCUGAGCGUCGAUGCGGAGGCGCGGCAGAUGGGCGCGGCGUGCGCUGACAUGUACUUCCAGUCGGUGAACCUGACGGGAAGAUGGGUCGGCUCCCAGGGCCGCGCCUUCAGCGCCGGCCAUGUCGCUGAGAAGGAGUCCCGGCGUUGGCUGCGAUACGGCCAGGUGGAGCUGAAAGUGGUCCAGGGCCACACUAAGAGUGGCAUCGUCUACCUGAACUUUUUCGUCCGCAACCUGAAAUUUGCAGGCUACCCUGUGGGCGGGAUUCUGGGAUUGGACGACCACACGGCUGCGCAGCAGCCUUCAGCCUUGCACCUCGACAAGGCCGAACCUCCCGCGGCGAUCGCCACUUACGUAAAUGCCACCUGGGAGAAGCAGGCGGCGCAGUCGACUCUGACAGUGGAAUACCUGAUUGUCGGCGGCGGCGGCAACGAGCGGAGGUUCUUCUUCGAUCGGCUCUCUGAGGGCAUAUGGCGGCGGUCGGGGUGCGGGGGGCAGUUCCAGGCGACUGGGGACCCUCACCUCGCCAACGUGCUCGGGCAGAGGUUCGACCUCCGCAAGGAGGGAUGGCACACGUUGUUGCGGGUUCCCAGGGGUGCCAAGCGCGGGGCCGCCUUGCUGAGCGUCGAUGCGGAGGCGCGGCAGAUGGGCGCGGCGUGCGCUGACAUGUACUUCCAGUCGGUGAACCUGACGGGAAGAUGGGUCGGCUCCCAGGGCCGCGCCUUCAGCGCCGGCCAUGUCGCUGAGAAGGAGUCCCGGCGUUGGCUGCGAUACGGCCAGGUGGAGCUGAAAGUGGUCCAGGGCCACACUAAGAGUGGCAUCGUCUACCUGAACUUUUUCGUCCGCAACCUGAAAUUUGCAGGCUACCCUGUGGGCGGGAUUCUGGGAUUGGACGACCACACGGCCGCAGCUGAGCCCAGUCUGAAGUGCCAUAAAAUAAUCAGUUUGCUCUCGAUUGACGGGCUUGGUCUCGGUGCCAGUCCCAAGAACGCCUCUACCGCAGUGGCAUAUUUUUGA